CUUUAGCUUAAGUUGACUGCUCAAGAAGACUACGUACAUCAAUGAGUCAACGGGAAGAUGGCAUAUAUGGACCAAUAAUACAGUAGGAAGCUUCAGCUGUUUAACAAAGCUUCUUAAUUUCUUUGCUUUCUUCUGAAACGCAUCUCAGUCCAGGUGUACAGUUUGUAAAGAUUGUCAAUGGAAAGCGUUAAGAAUGGUGAUAUAGCUGGAGAAGCAGGGCUAGUUGAUGGAUCCUGUACAGAGAUUAUCAUUGUUCGUCAUGGUGAAACAGAAUGGAAUGCUCUUAGCAAAAUGCAGGGACAGACGGACAUUGAUCUAAACGAGGUUGGGAGACAACAAGCCAUCAUAGUUGCUGAGAAACUAUCAAGGGAGCCUAAUAUAUCUGCUAUAUAUUCAUCUGAUUUGAAAAGGGCUUUUGACACAGCAGAAACAAUAGCAUCUAGAUGUGGGCUUCAGGUUGUUAUAGAUAAAGACCUGCGAGAAAGACAUAUCGGGGAUCUUCAAGGACUUGCAUAUAGCGAAGCAUCCAAGGUUAACCCUAUCGCCUUUGCAGCACUGAAGUCCUCCAGAAAAGAUCAAGAAAUUCCGGGUGGUGGCGAAAGUAAAGAUCAAGUGUUCAGAAGAUGCACAUCCUCAUUGCAAAGAAUUGCUGAAAAACAUCGAGGAGAACGAGUAGUGGUAGUAACUCAUGGGGGUAUCACUGGAAAGCUCUAUAAGCGAGCUAUACCUGGAGAACGUCCUGGAGGGGUAUGGAAUACAUCAAUAAGUAUAUUUCAGUUGUCUGAAGGAGACAAUUGGUCAAUCAAAUUAUGGAAUGACAAAAGUCAUCUCAAAGAAACAGAAUAUCUGGAAUCAGCUUCGGGUGGAGGUGAUGCUUCAGGCUAGCUAGCUAGCUUAUGCUUUAAUUCCUGGUACUCAAUCAAUCUAUUUACUCUUGAUGAGACUUGCUGUAUCCAGGAGGAUUGUUGUACUUCUUUAUUGUUGUUAUGCUAAUUGUAAACUGUAAUAGUUGCAAUGAGUGGACUUUAAGACUCAAAUGAAAUUUUAAUAAAGAGAUCCAAAUGCUGGAAAUUUAUCUACU